AGAGGAGGAGGAGGAGAAAGAAGAGGAGGAGGAGAAAGAGGAGGAGGUGAACUUACCCUGCUGAGCUUUCUUUGGGGAAUACGUGCAUCAAGAUUCAGCUCUGCAUGUAAAAUCCACAGAGUGUCUGCCACUACAGGAGUUUUCAUUCAGACUUUCCGAAGAGAGGUGGAAAAACGUGAAGACUCGGGAGAAGAGAUCCUUUGAGCCAGAUCGAGGGUUAGUUCUUCUGCUUUUCUCGGCAUGGAUAAACCAUUUUCUCAAGUCCUCUAGGUACGGGAGUCUACUACUUGUGAAAUAUUUUUUCAAGGUCACCAUUUAUUGAUUCUACACUAUAUCAACGCCUUCAGGAGAAUGACUACACAACCAUUUUUGGCACAAUGAAGAUGAUUUUUUGAUGUGCUUUGAGGUCCAUAUAACUACAAGGGCUUUUUUUUUAAUCACCAUAAGUGCCACCCCGACCCCAAAUCACUUAGAGCUCAAAAAUCUAGGCAAAAUGGAUGCCACAGCUAUAGAUGAGUUCCAACAAAUUCUGCCUAUUGAACAGCUGCGCUCUACUCAUGCUAGCAAUGAUUAUGUGGAACGGCCUCCAGCACCCUGUAAACAGGCUCUUUCCAGCCCUUCCCUUAUUGUGCAAACCCACAAGUCUGAUUGGUCCCUGGCUACCAUGCCUACUGCUCUCCCACGCAGUAUCAGCCAGUGCCAUCAGCUGCAGCCCCUGCCUCAGCAUCUGAGCCAAUCUAGCAUUGCCAGCUCAAUGUCCCAAAGCACCACUGCCUCUGAUCAAAGGCUCUUGGCCAGCGUUACGCCCUCUCCUUCAGGCCAGUCCAUCAUCAGAACCCAGCCUGGAGCAAGGGCCCACCCAAAGGUCGAUGGUGCUCUGAAGGGAGAAGCUGAGCUAUCUGUAGGGCAUCCCAGCGAUCACCUCUUUAUCUGCGAGGAGUGCGGGCGCUGCAAGUGUGUCCCAUGCACAGCGGUUCGCCCUCUUCCCUCCUGCUGGAUGUGCAACCAGCGUUGCCUUUGCUCUGCUGAGAGCCUCCUUGAUUAUGGCACUUGCCUCUGCUGUGUCAAGGGCCUCUUCUACCACUGCUCCACUGAUGAUGAAGACAACUGCGCUGAUGAGCCCUGCUCCUGUGGGCCUAGCUCUUGCUUCAUUCGUUGGGCAGCCAUGAGUCUAAUCUCCCUCUUCUUACCCUGCCUGUGCUGCUACCUGCCUACCCGUGGAUGCCUCCAUCUGUGCCAGCAGGGCUAUGAUAGCCUCCGGCGACCCGGCUGCCGCUGUAAGAGGCACACCAACACUGUGUGCAGAAAAAUCUCUUCUGGUAGUGCACCUUUCCCUAAGGCCCAGGAGAAGUCUGUAUGACCUUCCUACAAGAUGGAUCCAGAGUGUCCUCCUGGCCCUCUUCAGUAAAGCAUAAGCUUCAUGUUUUGGGGAGGGUGUGAGAUAAUAAACUAGCCAAAGUUAGGGCCUCGCCUCUUUUGUUCCUGCAGUAUCAGGAGAAUGCAAAGUAUAUCCCAGUGCAGGAUGCCUUGCUCUUUCACAGAAUCUAUCCUACUCUUCUUCAAUCUUUUAUACCCGGCCUGCUCAGCUUUUAUGGCUGUCAUGGCAAAUUCAGGUGAUAUAUGGGCAUGAGGUUUGGACACUGAGGACUGACAGAGUCAGCAAUGUGGAGGUUUAGGGGCUCCCCAAGGUAUUGCCUCUCGAAGCAGACUCUGAUUGUCAUUCUGCUUUCCACAGUGCCUUUGAAGACUUUCUUCUAAGAUGGUCAUCACAGGUGCAUGUGGAACAGCGUUCAACCUUCCAGGGAAUCUGACUCUCCCUCCCUCCCUCCCUCCCUCCCUCCCUCCCUCCCUCCCUCCCUCCCUCCCUCUCUCCCUCCCUCCCUCCCUCCCUCCCUCCCUCUCUCCCUCCCUCCCUCUUUUUCUUACUUUCUCCCUCUUACAUCUUUUCUUACUUUCAAUCUCCCUGACUCUUCUUUCAUUUUCCUGUUCUGUUCUCCUCCUUUUACUUUGUCACAUUUGUUUUUCAUUUCCUACCUAUUAUUCUGCUUUCUAAGAUUAAUCUUUGUCCAUAUUUUUAUUUCGUUUGAUAUUUUUGUUUCUCUUUUCCCGCCUCUCUUUCUCUGACACACUCAAAAGUGUUAUUUUUCCAUAGGUGUUUCCUUAGAUGACAAACUUUGCUAUGCUAUACUAUUUACUAAAUUGUAUUAAGGGAAAUGGAUUAUUGUAAUGAGUUGAUUGCUAGCAAUAGACGGUAUCUCAAUGUGUGUAUGCACUCACAACCACAUUUACCUGUUUGUGGGCAUAUGAGGCUCCUCUAUAUUUCCAAAUUCAAUUAGUUGGAGUGUUUUUCUCCUUUUCCUGCUAAUCAACUUAUAGUACUGACAGAUUCUACUAGCAUGCUGAGUAGGAUAGUAAAUCAGGAUGCUCAUAACUUUGUAUGUCUGACCCAAGUGCCAAAGGCAGACUGCUUUAUAGCUAAAUGAACAAAGCAAAGGAUAUUACAGAGGUAUGUUCUCUCGUAGAAGCUAACCACCCUGAGACUGCAUGGCUCAGGCCUUAAUAAAGGACAUAAAAAGUCAUAAAAUUUUAGAGCUGGAAGGAAUCUUAAAUAAUAAUAUAGUUCAAUGUUGUAAUUUUACAGAUGGGGAAACUAAGGUCUGAAAAUAGAAAGGGAAUUGCCCAAGGCCACACACUUGAGUUGAUAGCAGAAUUUGACAGAAACAUGAGCCUUCUGACUCCUUCAUUGUUCCUCCCUUUCAUUACACUGGGUCAUUGAACUUUUUCUUCUGACUCUGUUACCAAUUCCAAAAAGUGAUUCCCUGUCAAUUACUUUUUGAAAAUCACGAGAAAUUAUUGUGGUGGUCUUUCCGCAGUGUAUGGUGGGUAGUUUAUUAACUACUGGGUUUGAGGCUGCCCCCAGUGGACAUCACCUUUGACUCUGUACUUUGUAGAAGCUCAAAUGUGGGGAAAAACAAAGAAGCCCUACCCAAGCUGUAUCUUCGCCAUUGCAUCUACUCUUUGCUGCACACACUGUGCUCCUUCUUGGCUUUGUCUGCAAUGGUAGCUGCCUAAGAACCUAGAUUUCAUCAACAGUGAACAAUUGAGAUGAAAGAUACACAAUGCACAAAAAUGACUCCCCUCUUAAAAUGUAUGCAAAGAGCCUGUGCUGCGAACCCCUGUCAAUAAGGAAAAGGCUGCAAUGGUGAUGGCAGGGUGCAAAAGACUGCUACUAAGAGACAUGAGAAUUUUAUAGUUUCCCUCUGUAAAUACACUCAAAAUUUAUCAAGGAAUUCAGAUAUUGAGGGCACUUGCUUGAAGUCAAGGUGCUCCAACUUAGUUUAAGACUUCCAGACUCUACAUAUCAUCUCUUUUAAAGUGUGCAUGGAUGUGUGCUGCAGGGUGAAGUGAGAAGUGUAUAGUCAUGCACAGGAGGAAGAAAGGAAAUUCCAAGUCCCUUUAUUGGAUAUAUACUGCAGAAAUAUAUGCCACAGAGUAUUUAUUGGCUAUGAAACUUCCUGAAGUGUAUUGACAUUGGGUUGCACACAGACCCAUACCUUCACUUACGUCUCCUCUUGUAGAAUUGCUUUGCUCUAUUUUUGUAUAUAUAAAUAUGUUAUGAUGAUUAUUAAUAUUGUUAAUGAUAUUGCUGCAAAUGGUGCCAUACAUAAGGUUAGGCUUCUUGAAACAUUUAUAAACCUUAAACCAAUACCUAAAUACCUGAAACCUCUUAUGUUGCUUUUAAAUCCUUUAAAUUUAAAUAGUUUGUGUUUAAUCUUAAAAAUCUGCCUAAUUGUACUUUAGUCUACCCCUAAAAGCUACACCCAGUUGUCUGGUCACACUAGAUGGUGAUGAGUAGCAACACACAUUUCUCUCUGCUUCUGCCCAAAAUUUGCUUAGAGUCCAGAUAUCUAAGGAUUCUUUGAUAUUUGUGCAUUGUUCUGGAGCUAAAGUUACUCUAUGGAUGCUUGCUUAUUAGUUCCAAGGCCCUUCUUAAUAGCAGUCCUUACUCAGGCAAAUUGUGCACUGCCAGAAGAGCCCUGGGCUCUGCCAUACACCCAGAGGAGUUCUUCUCAGUGUAUUUCUAAAUGGCCUUAUACUUGGUAGAAUAAACUGAAGGGUUCUUGAAUGCAAUUUGCUGCCGAGUCAGGGCUUUCAUUUAUGUCCAAGUUGGCCUGAUAUGGACUGCAUCUGGUUUACAUAGAGAUGGGUCCUGUUGGGGUAUGCACACACACACGUGAGUGCACAUAUGUAUCCCUUCUGUGGUUUCAUAUAGAUAUGUGUAUAUAUAUAUGUGUAAUAUAAUCACACAUCUCUAUAUAUUUUAAUGUAUUG